GCUUUAACCGUGCCGAGAAGGAAGAAGACCUUUGCAGGAUCUUCGGCAUUGUCUUAUAUCUGCCGCCCGCCGACUUUCUGGCUCGCCCUCGUUUUCUCCACGCGAGACCCGGUCGGUGGCUUCCAAUUCCCAACCCACCACCACUCCCCGCGCGUUCGUCCGAUCGGAUCACGAGGCACCGAACCAACGCCCUGCAAACCGACACGAUGGCCGACGAGAAAAACGCCCCAGCCACGGAGGCGCCCGAGCUCGGGACCGCCGAAGUCUCCAACAUGGCCGACACCGCCGGACCGGUGCAGCGACCCAGAGGAUGGAUGUACAAGGGUUUCAGGGUCGCCGGGAAGGAAAUAUGGUACGCGUCACCAAUCGUCCAGCUUCUCAUGGUCGCCAUGGUGUGUUUCCUGUGCCCCGGCAUGUUCAACGCCCUCACCGGGCUUGGCGGCGGUGGUCAGGUCGACCCGUCAGCCCAGAACGACGCCGCCACCGCCCUGAACUCGACAUUCGCCGUGGUCGCCUUCUUCUCGGGAACCAUUGCCAACAAGCUCGGUGUCAAGGCGACGCUGGCGUUCGGCGGUCUCGGCUACUGCAUCUACGCCGGCAGCUUUCUGAGCUACAACCACAACCAAAACCACGGCUUCGUCGUUUUUGCUGGCGCCUUCCUUGGUGUCUGCGCCGGCCUUCUCUGGACGGCCCAGGGGACCAUCAUGAUGAGCUACCCUCCUGAGGCCCAGAAGGGCCGCUACAUUUCAUACUUCUGGAUCAUCUUCAACCUGGGCGCCGUCAUCGGCGCCUUGGUCCCCCUCGGCCAGAACGUAAACGCCACCGGCGCCACCAACGUCACCGACGGCACCUACAUCGGCCUCAUCGUGCUCAUGUUUACCGGUGCCGUCCUGGCUAUGUCGCUCUGCAACGCGGACAAGGUCCGCCGCGAGGACGGCAGCAAGGUCAUCUUGAUGAAGAACCCCAGCUGGAAGACCGAGUUCAUCGGCCUGUUCGAGACCAUCACGUCGUCGCCCUGGGUCAUCUUGCUCUUCCCCAUGUUCUUCGCCUCCAACAUCUUCUACACAUACCAACUUAACGACUUCAACGGCGCCCACUUCAACACGCGCACCCGUGCUCUCAACAACCUACUCUACUGGACCAGCCAGAUUUUCGGCGCCAUCGUCUUCGGCUACGGGCUGGAUUUCCCCGGCGCCCGCCGCUCCAUCCGUGCCAAGGGCAGCUUUAUAGCGCUGGUUGCCGUUACCUUCGCCAUCUGGGGCGGCGGUUAUGCGUGGCAGAUCAAGCAAGUUCCCCGCGAGAUAGUCGAGAACAAGGACUCUGGGUAUGAACAGGAACGGGUCGACUGGACGGACGGUGGCGAGCGCUACAUCGGGCCCAUGUUCUUGUUCAUCUUUUACGGCUUUUUCGAUGCCGCCUUCCAGACCUGCAUCUACUGGUACAUGGGCGCGCUCAGCAACUCGGGACGCAAGGCUGCCAACCUGGCCGGCUUCUACAAGGGUAUCCAGUCCGCCGGCGCCGCUGUCUACUGGCGCCUGGAUGGUCUAAAGACGCCUUACAACACCAUGUUCGGUGCUACCUGGGGCCUUCUUGCCGCCGCGCUGUUCAUCGCCGCACCUGUCAUUUUCACGCGCAUCAAGGACACCGUCACUCUAGAGGAGGAUCUCAAGUUCAGCGAUGAGACGGCUGAGGACGUCGCCCCCGCGAAGGAUGUUGCCGUGCAUGAUAAGCACGACUCCGUUUGAGCUGGCCGCGGCGCUUGUUGGUUGUAUCGG